GCAGCCCUCCUAGACACGCUGCUCACCUACGGAUCAUACCCUCCCAACUCUUGCAAGCACUCACUUGGCUGGUCGCCUACUGAUCCCCCUACCCCAUAGGCUCACAGGGGAGUCAGCAGCAAGGUGUCGGAUUCUGGGAUUCCAGCACUUGAGGCCCACAGGAUCCCCGCUGGAGGACGCCAGGCAGCGCAAGGCCAUUGGUGGGCGCCAGAAUGGAGGGGGGGAUGGGAAGGAAUCUGGCAGGAGAUAUGGGGUAGGGGUGAGCGCCGGGCAAGUGUGGGGUGGAGGAGUGCGAGUGCGGUGGGCAACAGGAAAAGGGGUUGGAGUUAGGAGACACAUAAGGAUUUGAAGCAGGCAUGAAGACCCCCAACACACAGGAGGCCCAAGGGCAACAAACUAGGGCAGCUGUGGGACGGGCCACUGGGUCUGCAAACUUGACAAAGAAAAAAGCCUCCCCAAAGAAUCAGAGGGGCAGACCUUCAACCCAGCCCCGCAGGAACAUCGUGGGCUGCAGGAUUUCUCACGGAUGGAAAGAAGGAGAUGAGCCUGUCACGCAGUGGAAAGGAACCGUUCUGGAUCAGGUGCCUAUAAAUCCCUCUCUUUAUCUGGUGAAAUAUGAUGGAAUUGACUGUGUCUAUGGACUGGAACUUCACAGAGAUGAAAGGGUUUUGUCUAUUAAAAUUCUUUCCCACAGGGUGGCGUCAUCUCAAGUUAGUGAUGCCAGCCUUGCAAAUACCUUAAUUGGCAAAGCAGUGGAACAUAUGUUUGAGGGUGAGCAUGGUUCUAAGGAUGAGUGGAGGGGGAUGGUCUUAGCCCAAGCACCUAUCAUGAAAGCCUGGUUUUAUAUUACCUAUGAGAAAGAUCCUGUCUUGUACAUGUACCAGCUUCUAGAUGAUUAUAAAGAAGGUGACCUCCGCCUUAUGCCAGAAUCCAGUGAGUCUCCUCCAGCAGAGAGGGAUCCAGGAGGAGUUGUAGAUGGCCUGAUAGGUAAGCAUGUGGAAUAUAUCAAAGAAGAUGGCUCCAAAAGGAUGGGCAUGGUCAUUCACCAAGUGGAAGCCAAACCCUCUGUGUAUUUCAUCAAGUUUGAUGAUGAUUUCCAUAUCUAUGUCUAUGAUUUGGUGAAAAAGUCCUAACUGUUAGGAUAAAAUUUGCCACAUUUGUGGAAACAAAUGCUUAAUUUGUAGAUACACAAAAAAUGUUGUUUUUCAGUGUAUUGAAAACUUUAAGGGUCCCUGAUAACUCAACAUCUUUGCCAGAAUAACUUGUUUUGUUCUAAAAAAUACAAAUUUAUGUGGGCAUGA